GUGGAAUCACUCUCUGGAAGAUUCUGAGCCCUGCUCCCUGGGAAAGAAUAAUGAGUUGUAAGGGUUAAACCCAGACUACAUAUAAAUCUGCAAAAGGAGGAACUCAAAAAAGCACUUGUUUUGGACUUUGCCUUCAGUUUAUUUGCAAUCCAGUAGGAAUAUGGAAAGUUAAAUAGUUCAAGACUCUGUUAAGUGUCAGUACAACCUAAGUGACAAGGUACCAAACGCAUGUUUAACUGCCCAGUGGAACCAUCCCAGUAACUUCCAUGUAUUGAACCUAGGCUGUGCCCGUGAGACAAGUGGCUCCACUUCUCUGGGUUUCGUCGGAGUCGGUGCAGCUCCUGUGAGGACCGGCAGCUCCUUCCUGCUGAGGACUCAGGAGAGGGCCAGAUUCAGGAUUGUUUUGGGGGAGAAAUCCCAACUCAAAAUCAGAGAAACGGGAGACCGUGUCAAUUUGGAGAGUACACUAACUACUAAAUACCAUAGUCUUCCAAGAUUGCACUGAGGAACCCAAGCCCAAGGAUCCCACUGUGGUGGUGGUUGAAGAAAUUAUCAAGACCACUUCCAGAUUGGUCCUCCUUGCCAUUGCAUAAAUGAUUUCAAUGUUUCUCCGACACUGAGUCUCUUAGCAUCUUGGGAUCUUACGCCCCAUAGACAGUCCACAACAGAGGCAACAAGACUGUUAGAAGGAGAGUGAGAAAUAUAUACCCUGAGGAAGAGUCAAUUGAUGCGGGACCGUUGUCUUAUUUUAAAAAAUUGCCACGGACACCCCCAACCUUCAGGAACCACCAUCAGCAGCCAUCAGCAUUAAGUCAGGACCCUCUACCAGCAAAAACAUUAUAGAGAAGAGAGCAAUAAAGCAUUUUCAAAUGAAGGUGAAGCUGAUGAGAAUAAUGUUCAACAUCAACCCCCUGGAGAAUCUGAAGCUGUAUAUCAGCAGUCGGCCUCCCCUGGUGGUCUUUAUGAUCAGUGUAAGCGCCAUGGCAAUAGCUUUCCUCACCCUGGGCUAUUUCUUCAAAAUCAAGGAGAUUAAGUCACCAGAAAUGACGGAGGAUUGGAAUACUUUUCUGCUGCGUUUUAAUGAUUUGGACUUUUGUGUAUCAGAGAAUGAAACAUUAAAGCAUCUCACAAAUGACACCACAGCUCCGGAGAGCACAAUGACCAGCGGGCAGUCUAGAGCAUCCACCCAAUCCCCACAGGCCCUGGAGGAUUCAGGCCCAGUUAACAUCUCAGUUGCAAUCACCCUAACUCUGGACCCACUUAAACCUUUUGGAGGGUACUCUCGCAAUGUUACUCAUUUGUACUCAACCAUUUUAGGGCAUCAGAUUGGACUUUCAGGCAGGGAAGCCCACGAGGAGAUAAACAUUACUUUUACCCUGCCUACUUCUUGGAGCUCAGAUGACUGUGCCCUUCAUGGUCACUGUGAGCAGGUGGUGUUCACAGCCUGCAUGACUCUCACAGCCAACCCUGGUGUGUUCCCCGUCACCGUACAGCCACCACACUGUGUGCCUGACACAUACAGCAAUGCCACGCUCUGGUACAAGAUCUUCACAACUGCCAGAGAUGCCAACACAAAAUAUGCCCAAGAUUACAACCCUUUCUGGUGUUAUAAGGGCGCCAUUGGAAAAGUCUAUCAUGCUUUAAAUCCCAAGCUCACAGUUAUUGUUCCAGAUGAUGACCGUUCAUUAAUAAAUUUGCAUCUCAUGCACACCAGUUACUUCCUUUUCGUGAUGGUGAUAACAAUGUUUUGCUAUGCUGUUAUCAAAGGCAGACCCAGCAAAUUGCGUCAGAGCAAUCCCGAAUUUUGUCCUGAAAAGGUGGCUUUGGCUGAUGCCUAAUCGCACAACUGCCUGUUUCCUGCGAGGGAGUGAGAGAACCAUAAUCAUUGCCUGCUGAACCCAGCCUGGGCCUGGACACUCUGUGAAUACAUUAUCUUGCAAUGUUGGGUUAUUCCAGCCAAAGACAUUUCAAGUGCCUGUAACUGAUUUGUAUAUAUUUAUAAAAAUCUAUUCAGAAAUUUGUCCAAUGAUGCACGUGCUUUGCACUGGGUGCAGCCAGAACCCUCAUCCUCACCCGUGCACUUGGGGAGAUGAUUCUGCAGAGUGCCAGAGAGGUGAUCGUGCUCUGGCGGAGCAGGCCCUGUUGCCUUUCUAGGAGCGUUUCAUUGCUGGUGGGGUUGAGGUUUGCUUUGGUUCUUGUUUCAGCCCGAUAUGUACAGAAUGUUCAAAACAGUCUGCACCUUUGAUAUGAUACUGCAUUUUCAAAGCCACCAAUCCAUUUUGUGGAUUUUAUGUGUCUGUGGCUCAAUAAUCAUAGUAAACAACAGUAAUAACUUUUUCUGUUUUGCUUGCAAGGAAACAUACCUAUCUAAGUUUUUUUUCUUUUUUCUUUGAAGAAAAAAUAGACACAUUUUUAACACUACUCUAGUUAGGACAGACUUGUGCUUUCAUCUUGAGUAAAAAGUUAAGUAUUUAAAAGUCACCUACAUGGUAAAGAUCUAAGUUUCAUUUUCCACGUGGUUGGUGAGGAACCUGGACUUGUUUGACUUGGCACAGAAUAUCCCACUGUCUUUUUCUCCUCUGUUGUCCCGUCCUUCCCUUAUAGAAAUUAAAGUAGCUUCCUCACUCAAAAGGGCUUACACUUAAAAUGGCUUUGGAGUAAAAACUGGCCAAUUUGUGUUCUGGAAUGCAGAUGGAAAGUGAGAGCUGAUUUGGUUUGUUAUGAAAGGGUUACUUGUUUAUUUGAAGAGGGAAUGAAUUUUCUUUUUUUGCAUUUAUUUUUAUGCAAUUAACAUUUUCAGAAGGAAAAUGGCAGCUAGUAGAUCAGUAGCAUUAUGAAAGCUAUGCCUGUGAAAUUUGAAGGAAAGCAAUUUUGAUUUGCUAUUUAUCAGGAAAACCAAAAGCAUUUUUCUUUCAUACACCAAUUUGGUCAUUUAGUUCAUUUAGCCCCUUUUUCUUUGAUCUUUUGAAAAAAAUUGCACAUUAUCUUUCCCAAUCAUUGUUUCUUUACUGUUUUUAUUAAUAGUUUUUUGCCUCAGUAAGUCAUUGGUGACUUCUGUGUUCUCCCCAGCAAUGUUAAUAGCACAAGGGCAAGUAAAACCGUGGACAUGACCGUCAGCACUUCGUUCCCGUAACUGUAGGCUCCAAAAUUAGAAUCAGUCUUGCCAUCUGAAAUAUAUUGGCCUAGAACAUUUUAUCCCAGGCAUUCUUGAAUGAAAAAUAUUUGUGGGCUUUUGCUGAAGGUUGUUGAAAUAAUCAUAUGGUAAAUUGAUAUGUUAGUAUUCCUUUUAGUACAUUUCAAGCACAGUAAUUAUACUUGUCUAUCCAGUUUUUUGAUGCAUGGCUAACCUGUUAAUUGAGUUUUCUCUUUAGAGACUUUAAGAUUCUUAUAAGAUUGAGAAAGCCAGUUGACUUGGCCUUUAGAAACAUCAACAUGAAGACCAACAGAUUGUAGGUAAAGCUGCUACUGAUUUAAUAAUAUCCCAAUGAAGUAUAGAUAUAGGGAUAGACAUAACUGGCAGAGGAAGAUAGAAGAAGAAAGACAGGUGGAAAAAGUGUUUCAAUGGUUUGUGCAAUCCAGCUUGUUUCUAAUAUUAAUUGCCCUUGUUUGAAUUACAGGGAAUGGCUGGAAUCUGUAGCCAGGGGAGGAAGGACACUGUUAGGCAUGAGGAAAGGAAGUGCCAAAAAUGCCUGGACAAUACUGACUUGUCAUGAGGCCAGGACAUACACAUUAAAAUUCAGCAUAUACCCUAGAAGGUAAUUCUCAGAGAUCUCAUUGAAACCUAGUCAAGCCGGUGUCUAAGGAAGGCUGGAGAAGCAGAGAAGUCACAGGCCCUGGGUGAAGAGGUCUAGUAACUGAAGAGACAUCAGGAAGUCCAGAGGACCUGUUAUGUUACUACCCAGGCAUCUGUGGCCAAGGCCUGAGACUCCGCUAUAUCUGGCUGGGGGACGUCAGGAUAAGAAGAGUGUCACAAAGAGGGCCUUUUGCCAUUCAGGGGUGACCCUGCACAAGGAGCACUGACUUGUCCUCAGGCAUCUUGGACUGGAGGUCCAAUAAAGGUCAGCAACUUAUUAUUAAAAUGGUUGUUUCAGAUCAUAUUGAUCUCUUUCCUUUUUCCUUUUGUCCUUUCACUGUAUGACUUGAAUCAGUUUUGAUUCUAUUUGUAAGUUUUUCUCAUCGUUAGGAACCUGCCAUUUUUGUUGCAUUUUCUUUGGCUCUGUGUAGGGAUUCAGCAUCCUAGUUUUUCAACCCUCCUGCAGGCACUGUGGGUUUAUGAGGGCCAGCGGAUCCAUUUCACUUAUCUUGCUGCAUGAUGGUCAGUAGCUGAUCUGUUACGGAAUUCACGCCCAGGUUAAUUUUCCGUGUUUGAAAUAUGUGCAUUUGUGCUUUAUGGAAUAAAACAUCUGAAUUUAUUUCUCUGUCUCAAUUUCCUCCCGUCUGAUGACUGUUUUUUAAGGGAAGAAAUAUGUGAUAAGCAGUUGAGGGUUUAUGCAAGCUGCUCUUUUGCAGUGUCAGCUAUCAUCAGGAUGAGGGGUGGGCAGUGUUUCCUAGUAAGCUGGCCUCACCAAGCACACAGGUCUCCUGACAGUACAAAACAUCUUUAGGUGGACUAGACCACAAGUGCUUGCAGACCGCACCCUCAACUUGCCUCAAAGGAGAAAGAAUACAGAACAAUAGGGAGCCUACUUGGUACUGAAUAGAUGUGGAAAUACACCCUUCUCAGUUACAUAAGUCCUUGUGUGCACUUGGUCUGAGAGUUACCAGAAGCAGACUCUAAGCCAGCUUGGCCUUCUCCUCUUACAGAGCUAGACUUCCUUAACCAAGACACUGCAUCCUCUAGAGUUAUUUGUGAAAGAACAUUGUGUUCACUGACAUAAAUUCAUCCAUUUUCCGAUGGGCAGGGCCUCUAGCAGGUGGCAGGGCCAGAGAGGGUCAGUGUGUGAGCACUCACUGGGGCAGAAACAGCACCUAGGGCUGGGACACCUCAAAGUCUCUUCUACCUCCUUCACCUCCCCUUAUUUCUGUAACAGCACGUACUCGCAAUACUUGGUGCCCUUCACUGUUCUUUCCUUGUGCUCUUUUAUUUGUGUGUAUGGUGUUUCAUCUGCCUGGCAGGACAGAAACCUUUGGAGAACAACUCACAUCCUCCUCCUCUACAGUCUGUGAGAUCUGACACAUACCAAGUCCUCAAGUCCAGUUAGAGAUGGUACUUUAAAACUGAAUUUUUUUUCCUGGCGCCUCACUCACAGACUAGGAGUACAGAAGCAGCAACAUGAAUGCGUAGACUAGUGGGGCCCUGUGAAGUCUAGUAAGAUCCUUGUGAACUUAUUUCCUCUCUCAAAGAAAGUCUGCCCACUUCUGAAAACCCUGGACUCCUUAUACCCUGCUAGUUCUUGAUUAUGGGUGAAUUAGAGUGGUUUGAGUAUUGCAAGAGUAAAUGGCAAGUAAACUGUGCUAUGUCCAAAGGCAAAGAGGGGAUUUAGUUUUGCUUUUGAUAUUAUUCAGCUUCUUUGCUCCAAACUCUUGCUCA